AUGUGCAUUGAUACCUUUCCCAAAAUUCCAUAUUCUGAUGAAAAUAAGAGAAAUAGAAAUGCACUUCAUUGGGGACAACGUAAAUUACUUUUAUCAGAAAUUGAAUUUCUUACCGAAUAUUCACAUGAUGGAGAUGUCGUGAUUUAUGCUGGAGCUGCUCCAGGUAGUCAUUUAGUUUAUUUAGCAGAGGUUUUAUUUCCCAAUCUCAAAUUUAUGCUUGUGGAUCCAAAUAAGUUUAAUAAGGAUUUGUAUCAUGUUAGAAAUGUAACAAUUAUGGAAAGUUAUUUCACAGACGAAAUUGCAAUGGAAAUUAAAAAGAUUAGGAAUAUUGAAAGUGGAAAUAAUUUACUAUUUAUUAGUGAUAUUAGAACUGCUGAUCCACUAGUUAUGGAUCCAGAACAAAAUGAAAAAUGUAUUACGGAAGAUUUAACAUUACAAAAAGGAUGGUUGGAAAUUUUACUCCCUCGAUUCAGUAUGUUAAAAUUCAGACUCCCAUUUACAGAAGGUAAAAUUAAAUACUUUAGAGGUGAUAUUUAUUUACCAGUUUGGGGUAGAAAAUGGACAACUGAAUGCAGACUUGUCAUUAAGGAGGAGGAUAUCAAAGAUUCCAAUCAAAUUGAAUAUGAUAAUCUUUCUUACUCUGAUCAAUUAUUCUAUUUUAAUAAUAUUACAAGAUUUGAAAAUAUUUAUCCACAUGACAUUUGCUCAGAUGGGGUGGACAAUUGGUAA